AGGCGUGGUAACAAAUAGGAGGCCCAAAGAUAGUCCAUGUUCAGAGAGGAACGAAAGCCUUAUCUUCAUGUCUGUGACUCGGAAUUAGGCGAUGAGUCGGACAGUGAAUUUUAGUGGCAGGAGUAGCUGGUCGACUCUGAAGAUUCCAGAAACGGAUAACCGUCCCUUUUUCUUUUCUUUUUCUUUCUCUUCCACUUCCCGCCAUAAUUCCAUCUCAGAAACCCACCCAAAAAAAAAGAAAAAGAAAAAGAAAUGAAUUGCUCUGCAAAUUUCCAUUUGCAGCGAGUUCGAUUAUCCAGAAAUAAAUAAAGUUGAAAUGGGAGAGAUCUGCUCCUCCUCAAACCCUCUCAGAGCUCGGCCUUCCACCUUCUCUUCCUUCAACAACCUUUUCGUUCCCUCCCACGUUGCAUUCGCAAAGCCUUUGCUCAAAUACACCAAGACCCGCUCCUGUACUCGAAAACUUGGAGUUUCUGCGCCAAUUCGACCACCCAAACGAAACCCAUCCGGGGUUCAGAUAGUUUCCAAAUGCGCCUCGAAUUCGAGCUCUUCUUCCUCGGAUGUUGUUCUCCUUUCCACUAUCGAGUGUUCGGACGGCAGCUUUGUGUUCCGGUUUGGAAAUAAAGACGAUGAAAACACGCUUGCGGGGAUUGAUGAUGAGGAAGCUGAGAGUGCCGCUUCAGGAGAUUCACCGAAUGACCAAAAUGAGCUUCAUUUCAAGGAGAAGAUAGAGCUUGAUAACACUUUAGGACAAGGUAAAUAUCAUCAUGUAGGAAGACAGAGAAGCUCCUCAAACCAAGUACAUAUAGAAGACGGAAGGGUUCUUGAAAGUCAUCAUGGUGAGGUGAAUUCUGCAGGUAAUCUUGUAACAGAAUCAAGUGAGUCAUUAUUGGAAGUGACCGCAUUGGAUAUGAAAACAUCAAAUGUGGAUGAAGAUUCGGCUGUUGUUGAUGAUGAAGCUGAUACGGACACCACAAGCUCAUGUUCUGAUGAUAAUGAGGGUGUUCUAAAUGAGGAAAUGGGUGGUGACUUUGAGGAGAAUCCUGCAACCAUUGGUGACAAUGAAACUAUGACCCAGUUGGCAACUUCUGAAACUCAGGCUGCUGUUGAAGUAUCGGAUAUUGAAAUUGGUGACUCAUCUUUCUCCAAAUCCGAGAUGCAAAUUAGUGAAUCAUGUUUAUCCAAAUUCGAUUUAGAUGAAGAUGAAGAUACUGCUGUUGUUGAUGAUGGUGAUGUUCAUGGUGUUGAUAACGAUGAAGAUACAGACACAAGUGCAAAUACUGGUUUCCAGGUUGAUGAUGUUCUAAAUGAUGAAAUAGGUAGCGACUUUGAGGAGAAUCCUGUGGUUAUUUGUGAGCGUGAAACUAUAAAUCAAUUUUCUAAAAGUGAGGCCGGAGUAGAAGUAUUGGAUAGUCAUGCAUCUCAAGCUAUUAGCAAGGAAAAUGUUGACAUUGAAGAGGCCCAUCUGACUACAGUUGGCACUGAUGAUAGAGUUGAUUCCAUUGAGAAAUGUGAGAAUACUGAAGUGACCGCAUUGGAUAUGAAAACAUCAAAUGUGGAUGAAACUUCGGCUGUUGUUGAUGAUGAAGCUGAUACGGACACCACAAGCUCAUGUUCUGAUGAUAAUGAGGGUGUUCUAAAUGAGGAAAUGGGUGGUGACUUUGAGGAGAAUCCUGCAACCAUUGAUGAGAGUGAAACUAGGACCCUGUUGGCAACUUCUGAAACUCAGGCUGCUGUUGAAGUGUCGGAUAUUGAAAUUGGUGACUCAUCUUUCUCCAAAUCCGAAAUGGAAAUUAGCGAUUCUUUAUCCAAAUUCGAUUUAGAUGAAGAUGAAGAUACUGCUGUUGUUGAUGAUGCUGAUGUUCGUGGUGUUAAUAACAAUGAAGAUACAGACACAAAUGCAAAUACUGGUUUCCAGGGUGAUGAUGUUCUAAAUGAGGAAAUAGGUAGCGACUUUGAGGAGAAUACUGUGGUUAUUUGUGAGCAUGAAACUAUAAACCAAUUUUCUAAAAGUGAGGCCAGAGUAGAAGUAUUGGAUAGUCAUGCAUCUCAAGCUAUUAGCAAGGAAAAUGUUGACAUUGAAGAGGCUCGUCUGACUACAAUUGGCACUGAUGAUAGAGUUGAUUCCAUUGAGAAAUGUGAGAAUACUGAAGCCAGGGAUAAUAGUAAUAUGGUCUGGGUAACAUCAGAGGCACAAUCGAUGGACGUUGAGGAAAUGACUCCUAGUACAGUGGCUGGAUAUGAUGACGAAGAGGAAACUAAAAGAUCAAUGGUGUUAGGUGACAAUGCCCCUGCCUCAACUUGUGAAGAACAAUUAGUGGAGGGUGAAGCACAUGAAAAUGAUGUUGCAGGAUUGUCAAUCCCUGAAGUUGUAGAAAUCAAUUCAAUUGCAGGUACUGCUUGUAGGGUGGAAGCCUCAACUGCAAGAUUUGUAUUAUCUUCUGGUGUUGCUUUGCUGCCACAUUCCUCAAAGGCAUUGACAGGUGGGGAGAAUGCUUACUUUGUUGCUUGCCAAAAUUGGCUAGGUGUGGCUGAUGGAGUAGGUCAUUGGUCACUUGAAGGGAUAAAUGCUGGAUUAUAUUCCCGGGAACUCAUGGAGAAUUGCGAAAGGAUUCUGUCAGAUUGCAAAGGCAUUCAAAUGGACAAACCAGAAGAAGUUCUUAUUAGAAGUGCUAGGGAAGCACAAUCUCCCGGAUCAUCUACUGUCUUGAUUGCUUACUUUGAUGGUCAGGCUCUUCAUGUGGCCAAUAUUGGCGACUCAGGAUUCAUCAUAAUUAGAGAUGGUGCUGUAAUUCAGCGAUCAUCUCCAAUGCUUCAUGAAUUCGGUUUUCCAUUUCAGAUUAAAAGAGGCGACGAUCCAUCCAAGCUCAUAGAGGUAUACAGAAUUGAAUUGGAUGAGGGAGAUGUGAUCAUCACAGCAACUGAUGGCCUUUUCGACAAUUUGUAUGAGCAAGAGAUUACUUCCAUCGUGUCCAAGGCAUUGGAAUCCAAUGUGAAACCUGAGGACAUAGCGGAGUGCUUGGCUGAUAGAGCACAAGCAGUGGGACGAUCCUCAUCAAUGAGGAGUCCAUUUGCGGAUGCAGCACAGGCAGCAGGAUAUGUGAGGUACACCGGUGGCAAGCUUGAUGAUGUUACUGUCAUUGUAUCAUUAGUACAAAAGACAUAGAGCUUCCAAUUAUAGUAAGUAUUGUGUAUCUCUUGUUUGUAUCAUUUAUUUCAAUUUGUAAAUAUGAGAAGCAAUAAAAAUGAAAAUUUAUGUUAGUGUGGUUGGAGAGGGCAAUAUGUAAAUCCUCUGUUCUGUAUUUUUCCUAAAUAAACCUCUCUUUCUCUUUGAUUCUCGUAA